GCGCUUUGAUUUCCGUCCAAAAACUGAUCCUUACUGCCAAGCCCGUUACACCUUCUGUCCCACUGGCUCUGCUGUUCCAGUGAUGAAAGAUGAGGAUGUCAUUGAAGUGUAUCGAUUACAGGCUCCAGUAUGGGAAUUCAAAUAUGGAGACCUACUAGGACAUUUGAAAAUUAUGCAUGAUGCUGUGGGUUUCAAGAGCUCUCUAACAGGCAAAAACUACACAAUGGAGUGGUAUGAGCUCUUCCAGCUUGGGAACUGCACAUUUCCACAUCUCCGGCCUGGCAUGGACGCGCCAUUCUGGUGUAACCAGGGAGCUGCCUGCUUUUAUGAAGGAAUAGAUGAUGCACACUGGAAGGAAAAUGGAACUUUAGUUCUCGUGACCACAAUAUCAGGAACCAUGUUUAAUGAAAUGGCAAAAUGGGUAAAAUACGACAAUGAGACUGGCAUUUACUAUGAGACCUGGACAGUCCAAGCAAGUCCUGACAAACAAUCAACAGUGUGGUUUGACUCUUACGAGUGUUCCAAAUUUAUCCUGAGAACGUACCAGAAGCUAGCUGACUUAGGAGCGGUAUUUAAGAAGAUACAAACAAACUAUACCAGCAUAAUUUUAUUCAGUGGAGAACCUGUUUAUUUGGGAAAUGAAACAUCUAUUUUUGGACCUCUAGGAAACAAGACGUUGGCAGCCGCUAUAAGAGACUUCUACUCUCCAUUCAGACCUCAUCGGACAGUCGGAGAGUUUUUUGUUGAUCUUUUAAAAAUAAUUGAUCGCGUCAUCUUGAAUCGUCAGUUUUACCUCUUCUAUAACUUGGAAUACUGGUUUUUACCUAUGAAGUUCCCGUAUCUCAAAAUAAUUUAUGAAGAGGUCCCUUUACCUAUUGGAAGCAAAUCAUCCUUUGGUGUAUAG